AUUUAUUUCAAGUAGCGUCUUUUUUUCCAUAGUCAUAUGAAUGUUGAUUUUGGCAUCAAUUCGAUAGUAAGCUGUCCACUGCUCUGUUCCGCUACGAAAGUUAUUUAGGAAAUAACCAGUAUUAUAUGUGUCGACAUCUGAAAAAAUUUUAGAUUGACAUAUUUUUAAUAAAGUUUUGAAUGUGACCUCAUCAGUUUAAUUAACCAGCUUGUAUAAUCUAUUUAAAAUUUCAGGUGCGUGGAAGCAACGAACGGAACAAGUAUGCCGAAUCUGAAACAGUAAAAGUAAUUGUUCCAAAAGAUUUGAAUUUAAAAGAGUUUUCAUCAUGGCACCAUCUAAAUCUAGUUAUGAAUAUAAAUAGAAAAGAUAAGCGCUCUUACUGUUUCUAGAUGACAAGCCAGUCGCCUGAAAUAGCUAGUGUUAAUUAUAUGACCAAAACGCUUUCUUUGGCAACAAGUACAAUCUCAUUGAUAUGAAUAUUUGAUAGGAAAUUUUUUUUAUGCUAUACAUGCAAUAGAAAUAUGUUAUCGAUUUCAGAUUUUAAAGAGUAAUAUACUAACUACAUAAAUAAAACGAAUUCAUUUGUGAAUCAGAUCGAUUCAUCAGAAACAAUACUUCAUUAUACUUUUAAAACAGAAAUAUCGCAAAUAUCACAUGUAAAUCUGUACAAAAAAAAAAAAAAAAAAAAAAAAUCUUCGAAGCAAGAUUUAAAGAGUCAUUUACUAACGCAAGUGAAAGAGAAGCUUUGUCUUUGUGAUACUUGCAGUGAGGCAUUUCUAUCAAAGCAUUUUAAAGUGAGAUUUUUUCUCGCUCACGAAACAAAUGUCCAGUGAAUCGUAUUCUCAGCAGGCAAGUUUAAAGACACAUUUACUGACGUACACGACAGAGAAAAAGUAUGUUUGUGACGUGUGUAAUAAAGCGUUUUCUCAACGAAUUAUUUUAAGGAACCAUUUACUGACUCAUACGCAAAAAACUGCUUAUGAAGAAAAACCAUAUGUUUGUGAUGUAUGCAAUAAAGGAUUUUCUGCGCCUAGAAAUUUAAAGACACAUUUAAAGACGCAUACGAAAGAGAAACCGUAUGUCUGUGAUGUGUGUAAUAAAGCGUUUUCUGUGCUGAUAAAUUUGAAAAGACAUUCACUGGCCCAUACAAAAGAGAAAGCGCAUGUUUGCAAUAAGUGUAAUAAAGAGUUUUCUCUGAAGGGUAAUUUGAUAACACAUUUACUGACCCAUACCAAAGAAAAACCGUAUGUUUGUGAGAUUUGCAGUAAAAUGUUUGCUCAACGAGGAAAUUUAAAGAAACAUUUACGGACUCAUACAAAAGAGAAACCGUAUGUUUGUGAAGUGUGUAAUAAAGCGUUUUCUGUAAAUUUGAAAAGACAUUUGCUGACCCAUACAAAAGAGAAAGUUCAUGUUUGCAAUAUGUGUAAUAAAGCGUUUUCUCUGAAGGAGAAUUUGAAAAUGCAUUUAAUGACCCAUACGAAAGAGAAACCGUAUGUUUGUGACGUGUGCAACAAAGCUUUUUCUCUCAAAGGACAUUUAAAGGAACAUUUACUAACGCAUACGAAAGAGAAACCGUAUAGUUGUGAUGUGUGCAAUAAACCAUUUUCUUACCGAAAAACUUUAAGAAAACAUUUACUGUCGCAUGAGAAAAAAUCCGCAUGUCUGUACUAUCUUCAGUGAUGAUUUUUCUCUGGUGAGAAUAUUAAAAACCAAUAGGAAGAAAAAACCAUAUGUUUGUCUAUGUGCAAUAAGGCUUUUGCACAUACUUAAAAAAAGAAAGUAUGUUGGUAUGGUUGAGAAAGCUUUUUCUCAUCAAAGCAUUUUAACCAAGCAGUGAAAGAAAGGCCGUGUGUAUUAAAGCCUUUUCUCAACCGGGAAAUUUGAAAAGACAUUUACUGACGCAUACGAAAGAGAAAUAAUAAACUAACAAAAUAUUCUAUAUUUUUUGAAUUAUAAAACAUCUGAUAUGAUAAAUUUUUGGUAUUGAAUACGAUACAUUUUUUAAAAAGAAAAAUUUGUUGACCCAUUUAUAUUAUAACAAAACGAUAAGUGUUCUUUCUGUUUUUUUUUCCAUAGUCUUAUUUAACUAUGCUUUUACUGACGUAUAGAAAUGCAUCGAACUUUGCCUGCUUGUAAAUCUUUUUCUUUUGAAAUAAAGUAACAUUUGUAACUUUGCAUAAGUAUUUUUAUUGGGUCCGUUAUCAUCGUUUCUUUCCAGAACUGAUUUAAAAAUAUUCAUUAUCUUUGCCAUUUCCCUAUUUUUUUCCCCUGUCCCCCGACGAUUCGUACAGCAUGUACACAUGAUGCAGAACUUUUUUAUUGUCAAAGUCGACUUUCAGCCAUUUAUGUGGCAUCUUUCGCAAAAGAAAAGAAAGUUCCCGUUAUGACACACUUUAUUAACCAGCUUUUCAAAACAGUAAGCUAAACAAG